GUUCUAGAGAGAAACAAUGGAGAUGGAUUUCCCUGUCAUCAACAUGAACAACCUCAAUGGCGAAAGCAGAGUAUCUGUCCUGAACCAAAUCAACGACGCCUGCGAAAACUGGGGUUUUUUUGAGUUGGUGAAUCAUGGGAUACCACAUGAGCUGAUGGACAAAGUGGAGAAGAUGACAAAGGAACAUUAUAGAAAGUGCAUGGAGCAGAGGUUUAAAGAAAUGGUAGCUUCCAAAGGGUUGGAUUCAGUGGAAACUGAGAUCAACGACACUGAUUGGGAAAGCACUUUUUUUUUACGCCAUCUUCCAGUUUCAAACAUGUCAGAAAUUGGUGAUCUGGAUGAGGAGUACAAGAAGGUGAUGAAGGAAUUUGCAGCUGAACUGGAGAAAUUAGCAGAGGAAAUUCUGAACUUGUUGUGUGAGAAUCUUGGGCUUGAAAAGGGGUAUUUGAAAAAAGUGUUUUAUGGAUCAAAAGGCCCAAACUUUGGGACAAAAGUUAGCAAUUACCCUCCAUGUCCUAAACCUGAGCUUAUUAAAGGACUUAGAGCCCAUACCGAUGCUGGUGGUCUUAUUCUUCUGUUUCAAGAUGAUAAAGUGAGUGGGCUUCAGCUGCUCAAAGAUGGAAAAUGGGUUGAUGUUCCUCCGAUGCAUCACUCCAUUGUUAUCAAUUUAGGAGACCAGCUUGAAGUAAUAACAAAUGGAAAAUACAAGAGUGUCAUGCACAGAGUGAUAGCACAGGAGGAUGGAAACAGAAUGUCGAUAGCAUCAUUCUACAAUCCAGGAAACGACGCCGUAAUCUAUCCGGCGCCGGCGCUGGUCGAGGGAGAGCAGGAGAAAACCAAACUUUACCCAAAAUUUGUGUUCGAUGAUUACAUGAAGCUGUAUAUGGGGCUUAAGUUUCAAGCAAAAGAGCCAAGGUUUGAGGCCAUGAAAGCCAUGGAGUCCACCAAUAUCAAUAUGGGUCCAAUUGCAACUGUCUGAAAAGUGAAAACAAAUUUUAAAAAAGGAUUUGGAUUAAUUGUGGGUGUUUUUAUUAUUACAAAAGAAACCAGGAACAAAUUUUAGUGGUACAUUAGUGAUAUGAUAUAAUGUUUGGGUGUUGGGGAACAGUGUUUAGUCUGUAUUUUUAUUUUACUUCUUAAAACAUAUUAUGAUAGUGGUUUGGGAGCAAUAUGAAGGGUUUCUCUUUCUAGGUAAUAUAGUUAACUUAAAAUAAUAAAUAUGUGUGUCUUUAUGUUU